CUUUCUGGGUUCCAUAGGUGGAACUGUAUCGUAUUAUGUACACAAGGUACUUGCUGCUGUACUUAGCCUUUACCCAGUGCUCCUAGCGAAGCCGGCACCCGUUCCGGAUGACUGCACCGACCCUCGUUGGAAGUGGUUUAAGGGUUGUCUCGGCGCGCUGGACGGCACCCAUAUAAGUGUCUUAGUACCUACCGAUGACAAACCACGUUAUAGAUCGAGGAAAGCCCAGAUAGCAACUAAUGUUCUAGCUGUAUGUGAUCGUCAAAUGCAGUUUGUGUACUUGCUCCCUGGCUGGGAAGGGUCUGCGGGAGACUCCCGCGUCCUCAAGGAUGCAGUUUCACAUGCUGGAGGCCUUAAAGUACCGCAAGGUUGCUAUUACCUUUGCGAUAAUGCUUAUGCAAAUUGCAAUGGGUUCCUCACACCAUUCAAGGCAACACGCUAUCAUCUCAAGGAGUGGGGUCCAGAGGCUGAAGCUCCACAAAACCCGAAGGAAUUAUUCAACAUGCGACAUACCAAAGCGCGAAAAGUGAUUGAACGCGCAUUUGGAGUAUUGAAAAUGCGGUGGGGCAUUCUAAGGAGCGCUUCCUUUUACCCUGUUAAAAUGCAAAUCCGUUUAAUCAUGGCAUGUUUCUUACUCCAUAAUUUCAUUCGACGUGAAAUGGAGGUGGAUCCUGUGGAAAUUGCGUUAGACACAAACAUGAACUUAACGAACGCCGAGGAAGAUAACAUUGGUGGGGAUUAUGUUGGCUGUGUUGAGCCGUCUUCCGAUUGGACUCAGUUCAGAGACAGUAUAGCACGCAACAUGUGGAAUAACAGAUGAAUGAUCCUUCUAUUUGGAUAGAAGUAUCUUUGAACUGAGAUUACACUUUCCUAUGUUAAUUGACCAUAUUGUACUCCGAUUUAUAAGACUGUGCUACUGUUUUAUGAUAUGUGUAUGUUGCUCUUUGA